UCUACCGGCGCGAUAGCAAGUAUCGAUCGCAGUAGAGACCCCGCUGCUUGCGUGCACUAAAGCUGUUUCGGCUUGGUGGAACUCUGUUGCGCGAACCUAAGAUUUUUCUUGCCGAAAGCAAAAGCGCGCACCCCACGCGCAUGCCUAAAAUCAGGGGUGCAGGGAGGGUAGUCGACCAGGGGCGAGAGCUCGACCCGGGGCCCUCACAUUACGUAACACAAUACGCACAGGACGGCGCACAAACAAUGUGAUUUUAUUUUUUCCUAAAUUUUUCUACUGUUUUUUAAUUAAUUAUACAUUUUUAGAAUUAGCAUCGUAGUUUACGUUAGAUGUCGCGCGACUUUUUCUUUGCGGUUUUAAUUGUAUGUAUGUUAAAGACAAAAGAGGUUGAAGAAACGUUGAAAAUUUAAAAUUCCACAUUGCAAGAUAAGAUCAAGAUUGGAUCAUUGAAUAUUCAAAAGGCCUGAUAUUAAAAUAAAUGAAAAAAAAUCUAAAGCCAAAUUAAUCGAUCGAUAAAAGCGUAUUCUUACGAGAAAUUAUAAAUGUAUGAAGCGACGCCCGGACGAGACGAAGGAACGGAAUAAAAAUUACAUUGAAAUUUUCAAUUCCCUUUCACCUAAAAUAUAUCAAUAUGAAAUAAUUUAAUUGAGAUUAUAACUGAAAGAAUCCGGCAAGAUGACUAUGGAACGUGAUCGCGGUGAACGCGACUACAUUGGAUUUGCUACAUUGCCUGAACAGGUGCACCGCAAAUCAGUGAAGAGAGGUUUCGACUUCACUCUCAUGGUUGUCGGAGAAUCAGGCCUCGGAAAAUCAACAUUGAUAAACAGUUUAUUUUUAGGAGAUCUUUACAAAAAUCGAAAAAUUCCAGAUGUUCAAGAUAGAAUAGAAAAAACGACGACAAUCGAAAAGAAAACUAUGGAAAUAGAAGAACGAGGCGUCAAAUUACGUCUGACGAUUGUUGACACGCCUGGCUUUGGAGACGCGAUUAACUGUGAAGACUCGUGGCGCGUUUGUUCAGCAUACAUUGACGAACAAUUCAGGCAGUAUUUUACUGAUGAAAGUGGUCUGAACAGGCGACAUAUGCAGGACAACCGAGUUCAUUGCUGUCUUUACUUCGUUCCGCCUUGGGCGCAUAGCCUACGACAAGUGGAUCUCGAAAUGAUGAAGCGUCUGCAUCGCAAAGUGAACAUCGUGGUGGUAAUCGCAAAAGCGGACUCUCUUACGGCGAUCGAAAUAAAACGACUCAAGGCACGAAUACUUAACGAUCUUGAAGAACACCAGAUACAAGUAUACCAAUUCCCGGAAUGUGACAGCGACGAAGAUGAAGACUUCAAACAACAAGACCGCGAGUUAAAGGAAGCGGCCCCAUUUGCUGUGGUCGCUUCUGAUAUAGUCCUCGAGAUGGGAGGCAAAAGAGUGCGGGGUAGACAGUAUCCGUGGGGGAUUGUUGAUGUUGAAAAUCCACGGCAUUCAGACUUCACCAAACUUAGAACAAUGUUAAUUUCUACACACAUGCAGGAUCUGAAGGACGUGACUCAAGAUGUGCACUACGAAAAUUUCCGUGCUCAGUGCAUUUCUCAAAUUUCACAACAUGCCAUGCGUGAACGGGGGAAACUGAAGAGAGACUCUAUGGGUAACAACAACGACGUGGUCAUCACCGACACUGAUCGACUCUUGCUCCAAAAAGACGAAGAGAUACGAAGAAUGCAAGAUAUGUUAACUCAAAUGCAACAAAAACUAAAAGCUUCCGAUAAAAAACACGACAGUAUAAUAGAUGUAUAGCGUUCCAGAGAUAUUGUGUUAUAUCUACGACUUUUUAGUAAAUUGUAGGUUUUAGUAGUAAAUUUAUCGUAAAGUUUUAACAAUAAUUACUAAUGAACGAAAAAGAAACCUCUUUAGAAAAAAAAUAAUGAAUUUAGACUUUUGAUACAAUAGUUUGUUUUUCACUGAUGUUGUGUACCUAACCAAUAAACUCUAUUGUUAAACAUA